CUGCCUCACCUGCGGUUUCAGACCUUCUAACAUGGGGCUCACCAAGCAGUACCUACGCUACGUUGCCAGCGCAGUCUUUGGCCUUAUUGGCAGCCAAAAAGGCAAUAUUGUUUUUGUGACACUCCGUGGUGAAAAAGGACGCUAUGUGGCAGUACCAGCCUGUGAACAUGUUUUCAUCUGGGACUUAAGAAAAGGAGAGAAGAUCCUCAUCCUUCAGGGGCUGAAACAGGAAGUCACCUGCUUGUGCCCCUCCCCAGAUGGGCUGCACUUAGCUGUUGGCUAUGAGGAUGGGUCUAUUCGAAUCUUCAGUCUCCUGAGUGGUGAAGGAAACGUGACCUUCAAUGGACACAAGGCAGCCGUCACUUCCUUGAAGUAUGAUCAGCUAGGAGGCAGGCUGGCAUCUGGGUCCAAGGACACAGAUAUUAUUGUGUGGGACGUGAUCAAUGAAAGUGGUCUCUACCGUUUAAAGGGGCACAAGGACGCCGUCACACAAGCAUUGUUUCUACGAGAAAAGAACCUGCUAGUUAGUAGUGGGAAAGAUACCGUGGUGAAAUGGUGGGACCUUGAUACCCAGCACUGCUUCAAAACAAUGGUUGGUCACCGAACGGAGGUGUGGGGGCUGGUUCUGGUAUCGGAAGAGAAGCGACUCAUCACGGGGGCUUCCGACAGUGAGCUGAGGGCCUGGGACAUAGCAUAUCUGCAGGAGAUUGAAGAUCUAGAAGAACCAGAGCCCAAGAAAAUCAAGGGGUCUUCCCCUGGCAUCCAGGACACGCAUGAAGCAGAGGAUGGUGCCCUCGAGGUGGAUGAGGCUCCUGAGGAUCGCAUCCUCACGUGCAAGAAAGCCGGGUCCAUCAUGCGAGAAGGAAGGGACAGAGUCGUGAACCUCGCGACCGACAGGACAGGCAGGAUGCUUGCCUGCCAUGGAACCGAUUCUGUGCUCGAAGUGUUCUGUAUCCUUUCCAGAGAGGAGGUUCAGAAGAAAAUGGACAAGAAAAUGAAGAAAGCUAGAAAGAAAGCCAAAUUAAAUUCUGGCAAAGGGGAGGAGGAAGACCUUGAAGUUAGUGUUGAAAUGACUCUGCGAGACGAAAUCCAGCGGGUGGCUAACAUCAGAACUUCUGCCAAAAUCAAAUCCUUCGACCUGAUUCACUCGCCUCAGGGGGAGUUAAAGGCUGUUUUCCUGCUGCAGAACAACCUGGUGGAGUUAUACUCACUGAACCCAUCGGCGCCCACUCCUCAGCCCUUGAGGACAAGCAGGAUCACCCUCGGGGGCCAUCGCAGCGAUGUGCGGACUCUGUCCUUCAGCUCAGACAAUAUCGCCGUCCUUUCCGCGGCGGCUGACUCCAUUAAGAUUUGGAACAGGUCCACGCUGCAGUGUAUCCGCACCAUGACCUGCGAGUAUGCACUGUGCUCAUUCUUUGUGCCUGGGGACAGGCAGGUGGUCAUAGGAACAAAGACAGGACGGCUGCAGCUGUAUGACUUGGCCUCGGGAACUCUGCUGGAGACAAUAGAUGCACAUGAUGGGGCUCUGUGGUCCAUGUCUCUCUCUCCAGACCAGCGUGGCUUUGUGACAGGUGGUGCCGAUAAAUCCGUCAAGUUCUGGGAUUUUGAGCUGGUGAAAGAUGGAAAUAGUGCCCAGAAGAGACUUUCCGCAAAGCAAACCCGAACCCUGCAGCUAGAUGAAGACGUUCUGUGUGUCAGGUACUCGCCCGAGCAGAAGCUGCUGGCUGUGUCUUUGCUGGACUGCACGGUGAAGAUUUUCUAUGUCGACACCUUAAAGUUUUUUCUCUCACUGUAUGGACACAAACUGCCUGUUAUAUGCAUGGACAUCUCUUAUGACGGAGCACUGAUAGCAACCGGCUCUGCCGACAGGAAUGUGAAGAUCUGGGGCUUGGACUUUGGGGACUGCCACAAGUCUCUCUUUGCACACGACGACAGUGUGAUGUCCCUGCAGUUUGUGCCCAAGUCUCACCUCUUCUUCACCGCCGGGAAGGACCGCAAGAUUAAGCAGUGGGACGCGGACAAGUGGGAGCAUAUCCAAACCCUGGAGGGGCACCACCAGCAAGUAUGGUGCUUGGCUGUGAGCCCCAGUGGAGACUAUGUGGUGUCAUCGUCCCAUGACAAGUCCCUGAGACUGUGGGAGAGGACACGGGAGCCGCUCAUUCUCGAGGAAGAGAGGGAGAUGCAAAGGGAAGCAGAAUAUGAGGAGAGUGUGGCCAAAGAAGACCAACCAGCAGUCCCAGGGGAGACUCAAGGAGAAAAUUACUUUACUGGAAAGAAAACUAUUGAAACAGUCAAAGCAGCUGAGAGGAUCAUGGAGGCUGUUGAACUGUACCGAGAGGAAACUGCAAAAAUGAGAGAGCACAAAGCCAUCUGUAAAGCUGCAGGGAAGGAGGUCCUUCUUCCCACCAACCCCAUCCUGAUGGCUUAUGGGAAUAUCUCUCCUUCAGCGUACGUGUUGGAGAUUUUUAAAGGAAUCAAGUCAAGUGAGCUGGAGGAGUCCCUGCUGGUGCUGCCUUUCUCCUACGUCCCCGACAUCCUGAGGCUCUUCCACGAGUUCGUCCAGCGGGGCUCUGACAUUGAGCUGCUCUGCCGGUGCCUCUUCUUCCUCCUCAGGAUUCACUUUGGGCAGAUCACUAGCAACCAGAUGCUCGUGCCCGUGAUUGAGAAAUUAAAGGAAACAACUAUUUCAAAAGUCAGCCAAGUCCGGGAUGUGAUCGGCUUUAACUUGGCGGGCCUGGAGUUUCUCAAGAGGGAAAGUGAGGCCAGAAGUGAAGUCCUGUUCUUUGCCGAUGCUACCAGCCAGUUGGAAGAGAAGAAGAGGAAGAGGAGGAAGCGGGAGAAGCUGAUUUUAACCCUGACUUAGAGCCGGAAUGUGGAGCGUUGUCAACCUCCCUGCUUGCUGUGGCUGCGCUCUCCUGCGGCGACAGCGAGGCGCACGGCUGAACGUCCUGUGCCCUGAAAUGCAGAGUCAUGGGCCCGGAGAGCCGAAAGGACCGUGACGGAUCUAGGGCAGCUCCUUGCACUUCACCUCUUGCAGGCUGUUCUGCCUGAAUAGAAAAAUAUCCUGCUUGCUAAUUGUUUCUAUCCCCUCAAUAAAACAGUUGUUUUUGCCAGAAGUGAAGUCAAGCUGAGAGGGCCUGCUGGCUUCUGGGUGACUGAUGCCCUGUGUGUAUAAUGUGUCCCCACGCGGCAGGCUGGGGAGUAGGGAAUGUCUUAGAAAAAGAAACGGACAAAGUGUUUGCAUCGAAGCUUUGACCUGGUUGAGCUCUUGAAUCGCAGAAGUUGACUUUGCACUUCCUUUUUGGGGGGUGGGAAUUUACCACAUGCCUCAGUGUUGACUGUUGGGCUUAAACGGAGACUUUAUGGAGCCUGCAUACAGCAGGUGACUCUACAGGCAGGUCAUGACCACUGCCAGUGGAUGCUGAUCUAACGUCACAGAGGCCAAGAUGGGUCGUGAAUCCGUUCCUUGUGCAAGAAUUCUGAUUUCUAUGUGGAGUGUGGACAUAACAAUUUUGACCAUCUUAUCUGUUCUUCGACUUUGCAUUUUUAGUCAAAUGUUAUCUCUUCCCUUUUUGAGAAACACUGUCAUUUGUGUGGCAGGAUCCUUGCUUUGUUCUAACAACAUGUGUAUAUGUCUAAAUAGGUUGUGUAGUUUACAUGUUUCAUCUUCAGAAACAUUCAGAAAGGUUAUAUUUACCUUCCCAAGGGUGGAAGGCAUGGGAAUUGUCCAAUUUUCUAAUUUUCCACUAAAGAAAUAUGUGUAAAUGAAAAAUUCAUCACUGCUUACAUAUAUAGUGCGUGUGUAUGGUGUGUGAGAAAGAGCUGCAUACUGAUUUUUAUAUUGAAAUGUUUUAUGAUGUAAAUGUAAUAAUACAUUAUUAAAAAGGAGCUUUUCAUUUAUAUGUA